AUGUCUUCAAACAUUGCUCGGCUGCUCUUGGCUUUCUUCUUGGCCACGAUAACACUGGCCUUGCCUACCCCGAGCACAACUUCAAAGCAGAACAGCGUACCUCUGAAUGGACUUCCAGACCCCGGUGCUCUGUCACUCAAGUACAUCACCCUCGGCGUGGGCACACAGAAUUACAGCUGCAGUGCUGCUGGUGCCAUUCCCACUUCCAUCGGUGCAGUCGCAGAUCUCUAUGAUGCCAGCAUGCUCAUGUCACCCUCAAAAUUAUCUCUGAUCCCGUCUUUCGCCGCCGUGGCAUAUAGCACACAUACUUGGUUCGACUUGCCGACUCUGGGUCACCAUUGGUUCAGUGCCGCAGGUGUGCCAACAUUCGACCUCGAGGGCAAGGGUUUCCUGAGUGCCAAGAAGGUUUCCGGUGUACCUGCACCAUCAGGUUGCAUUGCUUCAAGUAUCGACUGGUUGUUCUUGGAAGAUGAUGGCAGAGGUGUCAGCAGAAACGUGCAAGCGGUCUACAGAGUUGAGACUGCUGGUGGCAACCCACCGGCUACUUGCAGUAAAGCUGGAGUGGUCAAAGUGCCGUACGCGGCUGAGUACUGGUUCUACGGUUGA